AUGGCAGGUCGCCAACCGGUCACGCUCGGCGUCUCGAUCACGUUCUUCGCCAUCGCCACGGUAUUUGUGGCCUUGCGCUUCAUAUCGCGUGUUUUUGUAGUUAGGAGGGUCGCGCUACACGACUACUUGAUGUUGCUUGCGUGGGUAGGUCGGCUCCAGGUCACUGCAGGCUUCCAAGAGCCUGCAGUACCCUUACACCCCGUUGCGACAUACCGGCAUACUCUGUCACGUGGUCUAAGGAUAGUGAUUGACUUCGGCUUUUCGCUCUCAUUAUUCUUCGCGAUCCACAAUGGACUCGGUCUACAUGCGGUCGAUGUUCCCCCCGAAAAUGAGGCGGCUCUUAAUAGGGCUAACUAUGCAUUCACCGUCCUCUAUAGCCCGGCGCUGAUGGCCGUUAAGACGUCGAUACUCGUUUUCUACAUGACCUUGACACGAAACCAAAAAGUGUUCCGCAAUGCGAACUAUGUCACUCUUGCUGUAGUCAAUGCAGCUGGCCUCGCGUUGACUCUGGUCAAUAUUUUCCAGUGUCAACCAGUAUCCGCCGCGUGGCUCGCCAACCAACCGUCCGACGCGCACUGUACCGAUAUCGUCACACUCUAUUUGUCCUCGUCUCCCGUAAAUAUCAUCACAGACCUGGCGAUUCUGUUUCUUCCAAUGCCGAUUCUGACUCAGAUGCGCCUGCCAAAGAAACAAAAGAUUAUUUUGGUCAUUACAUUCAGUUUUGGAUUCUUUGUGGCCGUCGUCGAUGUCAUUCGAAUUGCUUUUCUCCAGCAAGCCGCUACAUCGCGCCAAGUCGCAUUGAAGUCCCUUCAUAUUCAGAAUGUUGGGACUGCGGACUUUAGCUGGUAUGCGUCGCUUUCUUUCAUGUGGUCAGUCGUCGAGGUCAACGUCUCUGUGAUUUGUGGAUGCGUUCCGAGUUUAAAGCCUCUUGUCGCUCGGAUUUUACCCAAAUUAAUUAAAGGCACCAACGACGUGUCGGAUCCGACCCCGCGCCUCUACGCAACCGGGGAGGCCCCUGUCGCUAUACCUCCGCCCGUGGCGACUCCGGAAUCUGACUUGACCCAAUCUCCAGCAGACAGUAAAGGGAGCAAACCCUCUCCAGCAAGGCACGGCAGCGUCUCUACUCGCCGCCGAAGCUCAAACACCCCUAUAACUAUGCUCGACUUCCUGGGCCAUCCUCCAACCGGUCCCCAAGACACAGAGUCUCAUACCCAAACCAACUCAUCCUAUCCUCAUAUCACUUUCUUUGAUUUUGUCAACAUGAAAUCCCCGGAGAGCAUGCUGAAGCUGAACAACCGAGAGUCCAUAGCUCCGAUCGCAAUCACCACCUUACUGUUCUUCCUCUGGGGCUUCGCAUAUGGCUUCCUUGACAUACUGAAUACCCAAUUUGCAUUGAUUGUGGAAUUGGAUACUUGGCACUCCUUGGGACUACACGGCGCAUAUUUCGGAGGCUAUGUGGUGGGUCCACUGUUAGUCGGCCGCCCGGUCUUAAAGAUUUGGGGAUUCAAAUCUACAUUCAUCACUGGGCUGUGUAUUUAUGCCUGUGGAUCACUCAUAUUCUGGCCUUCUGCAGUCCUCACAUCCACCGCCGCAUUUACGGUCUCGAACUUUGUUGUUGGUUUUGGCCUCGCGGUUUUGGAAACAGCUGCCAAUCCGUUCAUUGCGCUAUGUGGGCCUUUGGAGAACUCAGAGAUUCGUUUGAACAUAUCACAAGGUGUGCAAGCCGUUGGUAGUGUCUUAUCUCCUCUUUUGGCAAAAAGGGUUCUUUUCAGGAGUGUUCAGUCUGUUGAGUCACUGGUUAAUGUCCAAUGGACUUAUCUUGGCAUUGCACUCUUCGAUGUGCUUCUCGCCGUGGCUUUUUACUAUCUGCCAAUUCCAGAAGCCUCAGAUGAGGAUUUGGAAGAAUUGGCAGAUCGACGCCGAGAUGAUAAUAGGGCAAAGGUCAUUGGUAUUCCGGUCGUCUGGCUCACCCUUGGUCUAGGAGUCUGGUCGCAAUUCUUCUACGUGGCUGGCCAAGAAGUCCUUGCCACCAGCCUCGAGCGCUUCGUCCUUGCUGCGAAACCCAACUCUUCCCUGGCGCCUUUUGACUUUCUGACCAUUGGCCAAAGCAUAUUUGCUAUAGGUCGUUUCCUCGCCGCAUUUGCGCAAUGGUUUUUGAAACCUCGCUGGAUUCUCAUGUUAGCCUUUGUUGGCAUGAUUGUCUUCUCGGUACUGUCCAUGAAUACCACCGGCUCUACGGCCGUUGUCAUGAUUAUGAUGGUUUAUCUCUUUGAGAGUGGUGUCUACAGCAUUAUCUUUGCCCUCUCUCUACGUGGUACUGCUCGACACACCAAGACCGCCUCCGCAAUCCUCGCUAUGGGUACCUCCGGUGGUGUCUUCUUCCCAUUUGCAGAAUACGCAGCGUACAAUGCGCGCGGAGUGUCGUAUUCAUUCUGCGUCCUUGUCGCUGUCUUUGCUGCUGGCGCAAUUUUCCCGUUAUAUCUCAACCUGGUACCCGCAGUGAAGAAACAAGUCGACCCAGUACCAAAUGAGUAUCUACGUCGUCAUCGUCGUCGCAGCCGCGCCCCAGUAAGCGCAAUACGCCGCGAGAAAGAAAAUCAGUCCAGAGGCGGCGUUCUUUCUCGCCGACGAAGCUUGGUCUCCAAUCCAGACGAUCUACCCGACCUCCCCUUCCCAGACGACACACACCAAAUCCCUUCCUCUCGACGCCUUCACUCCAAAUUCAGCUCUACCUCUACCUCCCAGGAUAACUCCCACUCUUCUAAUAACUCUUCGAGACAUCGCAACUCCCCCAUCCCUGAGUAA